AUGACUACCAAUGUCACUAUAAACAUUGAAAGGCAUCUUGGGAAUGGAGUUAAACAAGAUAAUGAAGGAUACUAUUACCAGAACAACAAUAGAAGGAUAGGUUUAAUAGAAGAAGUUUUUUCCACUGAAAAUGGGCAAUAUAGGAAGAUUGUACAUACUCCAGGAAAAGACAGCAAAAUCAACAGAAUUGUUAAUGGAGCUUUGGACCUUACUGGUUUUGAGAGUCAACUGAAUGCUUAUUCAAGUAUCUCAGUCUACUACUGGAACGGAGAUAAAAUUUUUGAAACUCCCCUGAUUAUUCAGUUUGGUGAGGGAGAUUCCUCAGUUUAUUACACCUAUGAUGGUGAUAAAAAAUUGAGUAAUUCUAGAAAUGUAACCACCAAAGACCUCAAACAGAAUAUUGAUCAACUUAACUGUGAAAAAAAGAAGACUCAUAUCAUGGACAUUUCAAAGAAUACUCGAGGAUCUUAUAGCUGCCCUAGUUGUGGUACUCAACAAGUUAAAGUGUCAAACUAUGAUAAGAGUCAGACUAGUGGUGAUUAUUCUUACUUCCAUUACCUUGCUGGCAGCUUCUUGAGAUUUAAGGAUGGGGUAACGGAGCAGACAGGAAUAAUAUUUUCUGGUACGAUAUCUAGUGUGUAUGUGUAUCACUAUCCAAGCGGACCUGACGGAAUUCCACUCUUGAUUUAUCUUUCAGGAACAUCCACUACCUGGUUUGAGAGAGUGUCCAUUGACUCUAAUAACUGGACUAAAGUACAGGAUGAUGCUCCAUCUAGUCCUACUAACAAGCCUGAGGUUCUAAAGCUUCUAAAGGCCAAAUUACCAACCGUUACCGUAGAUGUUGGACAAACUGGCAUUAAUGCUAGUGGACAACAUACUGAGUAUGAAAAUCCUUCUGAACAGACUAAAGAAAAGAUUAAAGUUGAAAGAAAGGAUCUGACUGAUGGUUUUGUUAGCUUUUCUCACUCCGUUCAUAAGAAAUCUUACUUAAUGGUUAAGAGUGUACAGCAUAACGGUUCACCUCUCUCUAACAUACCAUUUAAUUUAGUUGCUAAAAGUGUAACAGCGUACUACAAUGGGACUGGUUUUAAGCUUAAAAGCCUUAUAAUGGUAGAGUUAGUCAAGUUUGACAAAACAGAAAAGCACUUUUACAGACCAACUGAAGAACCUCCUACUCCUAUAGUUGAUACCUCUGCUCAAACUGGAAAUUCUCUUCCAUCUAGUCAUCAAGCUGCUGAAUCAUCCAAUGUAAGUGUUCUGGCGGGAACAGCUAUUGGAUCUGGACUAGGCGGAGCAGGGCUGGGUGCUCUUGCCAUGUGGAAGGGCCCCGCUCUAAUCGCACGACUAAUUGCUCGUCUGUAA